GCAUGCGGCUCCGGCGGCCGCUGGCCGCGGCGCCGGCGCCGCGACGGCCGCGGGCGUCGGCCCCGGGCGCUCGGCGGCGGCAGAGGGUCGCCUGGCGCGGGCGCUCGACGGCCUGCUGGCCUGGCUGGCCUCCACGGGCGCGGCCUCGCCCGUCGGGGCCAGCUGCGCGGCGCUGGGCGCCUUCGCCGCCACGGAGCUGGGGCUGCUGCCCACGGAGGCCGAGGCGGCCGUGUCGCGACUGCUGGAUGACGGGGCUGUCUACGAGACCGUCGAGAAUCACCUCAGGGUGCUCGAGGGGCACGGCGCCUACUCGGAGGCGGCCGCGGACGAGGACGCCUACCUCGACAGGAUGCUGGAGGACGAGAGGGCAAUGGAGGAGGAUGCCGACCGGGAAGCGCAGCUGGCGGGUGCCCACGUGGACCCAGUGUCUGGCACCCGCCACGGCGGCGAUGCGGCGGACGAGGACGCUUACCUCGACAGGAUGCUGGAGGACGAGAGGGCCAUGGAGGAGGAUGCCGACCGGGAGGGUGCCUACGUGGACCCGCCUGGCGCCCCCCGCCUCGGUGGGGCUGCGGCGGACGAGGACGCCUACCUCGACAGGAUGCUUGAGGACGAGAGGGCCUUGGAGGAGGAUUCGAAGAAGGAUGCCGACCGCGAGGCCGAGCUGGCGCAGCUGGCGGGCGCCUGCGCGCACUCGCCGCCUGGCGCCCGCCGCGGCGGGGCUGCGGAACCGCAGGAUGCGGAGCCGCGGGUCGCGGGCGCCGCUCCGCG